GAUACAGUUUCAGUCUCAUCCAAAAGCUGAGCUGCCUGUCAUGGAUCCAGUAGGUGAUCUGGAUUCAAGACAGCAAGCUCUCAAACCUAUUCAAACAAAGAGAUCAGGGGCAAGAGAAGUAGGAGAUGGCAAAAAACCCGAGGAUAUCAAAGAAGAAGAAGGAGAAGCUUUGAGUCCAGUUGGUCGAAUUUUUCAUGAAACUUGCUUCAAUGUCUAUGUCAUAGCCAUUGCUGGGUGCAAAACCAGAAUCAAUGUUGAUGUUGUUAAAGCCAGUUUGGAGCACAGUCUGCUUAAGCACCCUCGUUUCUCUAGCUUGCAGGUGAAGGACGUGAAAAAGGAUGGAGGGAUGAAAUGGGUUCCAACAAAGGUGGACUUGGACAAGCACAUAAUAAUACCAAGCCUCCACCACACCAUUUCUUCACCAGACAAGAUGGUGGAAGACUACAUCUCCAAUCUCAGUAAAACCUACAUAGACUACUCUAAGCCUCUUUGGGAGCUCCAUAUUCUCAACAUUAAGACCUCGGAUGCCGAGUCUGUCGCCGUUUUCCGAAUCCAUCAUUCCCUGGGUGACGGCAUGUCCCUCAUGUCUCUUGUCCUUGCUUGCUCCCGUCAAAUCUCCAACCCGAAAGCUCUCCCAACUUUGCCAGCGAAAAAGACUUCGAAUCCUGAUCCGGUAAAGUCCGGCAGGAUUUGGUGGACAAUUCGACUGGUUUGGAAUACUAUUAUAGAUGUUUUGAUGUUUCUUGCUACAACUCUCUUCUUAAAGGAUACCAUGACACCACUCAGCAAUGGUUGGAAAAAGGGAGGUGGGCAUGUGCCAAGGAGGUUUGUUUACCGAACCGUUAGUCUUGAUGAUAUUAAACAAAUCAAGAAUGGGAUGAAAACAACUAUUAACGAUGUUGUAAUGGGAGUGUCAUUGGCUGGUCUUUCCCGAUAUCUCAAUAGAAGAUAUGGUGAGACCAAGGAAGAUAAAGGAGCCACCCAAAAGAAAAAUAAUCUUCCGAAGAAUAUUCGCCUGAGGGCAACUCUUAUGAUGAAUAUAAGACCAUCACCAGGGCUUCAUGCUUUAGCGGAGAUGAUGGAGAAGGGGUCUAAAGCGAAAUGGGGAAAUUGGAUUGGAUCUGUGCUCCUCCCUUUUGCCAUUACCUUAUAUAAUGACCCUUUAGACUAUGUUCGUCAAACUAGAGCCACAAUCGAUCGAAAGAAGCAUUCUCAUGAAGCUAUAUUUACAUGUUUCAUUAUUAAGACAGUUCUCAAAUUAUUUGGUGCUAAGGCUGCAGCAUUUUUAUACCAUAGAAUUAUGAAUCACACGACAAUGUGCUUCUCAAAUGUGGUUGGACCUAUGGAAGAAAUCGGUUUUUAUGGCCAUCCAAUGGCUUUCCUUGCUCCAGGCAUUUACGGCCAACCACAAGGAUUGUCGAUUCAUUUCCAAAGUUACAUCAAUAAAAUGACAUUUGCUCUUUCAGUUGAUGAAGAAAUAAUUCCUGAUCCUAAUCGAUUAUGUGAUGAUCUUGAAGAGUCACUCAAGUUUAUCAAGGAUGCUGUCAUUGCAAGAGGUCUUGUCUAGAAAAAUUCCAUAAAAUAAGAAGAUUAUUACAUGUUACAUCCAUACAUGAACUAUGGAGAUUUAUGCUUUUAUGGUCAUUUGUGGUUUUCACCGUAUGUGUUUUAUAAAUCUAAAGUGAAAUGUUUUACUUUCGAAUAAAUUUUGAGCUUUAUAAUGUUAUAUAUAUGUCACAUGCAUGUAUGCUUGGAAAUUUUUAUAUGAGAAUAAGAUGUGGGUAA